GGUCUCCUGACAUGGAUCCCGAGCAGCCGCGCACCUGUACUGAUUAUCACAAAAAAUGCCGUAUCGCAUGACCGCUCUCCGUGGCUCUCCUUGUUCGUUGUGUUCGUUCCCCUUGUGAUAUAAGCUUUGUGUGCAGCACUUCCUUAUCUCAAGUCUGCGAGUGGGUAGGAGAGGACACACCCUGUGGAGGACAUCCGGACCUCAGGCGGGUGGUUAAGUAAGAAUCACCAUCACAAUGGCGGGCCAAGGUGUGUUGUGUUUGACGUUGUUCACUUGCGGAAUUGUGAUCCACACAGCUCUUGCGGUGGACAACGUAUCUCUUGGAUGCUUUGGGUCUGCGGGCUCAUGUCUGAACCAUAACUUGACGUGCUCCGACACGGCCCGGGUAGCGAUAAAGAAGGCCGUCUACGGCCACAAGACAUGGGUCAACUGCACCACCGGGGUCAUCAGCUGCAGCGACACCUGCUGCUCCUACCUCCGCAACAGCGACUGCUUCCACACCUUCAUCGCUGACGACAUCAGCGAUAUCUAUCGCAACUGUUCUUCCCACUUCUGUGAUUUCCGUACACCGCGCCUGGUUGAACCGUGCUCUGGGUUUCAGGCGGUCUCCAGUUAUUCAGUAGUAGAGUAUGAAUGUGUGGAAGAGUCUUCCACCAUCCCGAUGUGUGGCGCUGCGACAUACACCGUUGGUACGUCAGUCUCCGUCCUGUACGACCCGACACAGCAGUACAUGGUGGCUACUGAUGUCUGUUACUGUACCGUGUCCCAGCCCAACAGGAACCGAGUCACCAUUGAAGGCAUAGACGUUCGCAUGACUGGACCAGCCGGCCAAUGUGGAGUCCUGGGCAUCUACAACAGCAGUUCCACAUUCACACAGCAGACCUGCAACUCAUUGUCACCAUGGCCGUCACUGACACUCGCGCAGACGUCAGAUUACUACUUCUUCUUGACGCUGACUAAUCUGGCAGAAUUUGUCUGGAUAAGAUUCAAAGGAACGAAUGCGUUGACGGUUGCUUGUAGCCUGAACGCCGUCCACACCACAACGCCUGCACCUACAACAACGACAACUCCUACUGCGACUUCUACUACCGUUACUUACCCAACGGCCUCACCACCGAUCACUACGCAACCACCGACUCAAUCCUCUUCCUCCUCCCCUGCGACCAGUGCCACAUCAGCUACCACAAACGAGCUCGCUACGACGCCCAAGUCAACAAUCACAGUAGUUUCUACGCCUACCACAUCGUCAGCAUCAAAGACUGUCAGCAUCAGCGUGACACCGGAGACGUGGACCACGUCAACAGAGGCAGUCGGACCUGGGACAACAUCUGGGGCACAAGGGGCUGCAGGAUCAAACGUUGGCGUAGUCGUCGGUGCCGUGGCCGGUGGAAUAUUCAUCCUCGUCGUUAUUGUCGCCAUUGGCUUGUGCAGGAGAAAGCACAAAGCAACCCAGCAAUCCAUGAAACUCGGACAACUCGUAUCUACCGAUACUGAGAAAGGACGACAAGCUGUCGUAUAUGACAACAUCGUCAUCUCCCAUGUCCCAGAAUCACCGGUCGAUCCUAUCAUCUCUAGCCCAGUGUCAGAGACACUGAAAACGUCACAAAGUAAAUCUGUUGGCCAACGUCAGACUGUUGAAGCAUCGCAGACAAAGGAAGCUGCUGAGCUGUACAGCAAGUUGGACAAGAACACGAUUAGCAAUGAGCAUGUAUAUACCACUGUUGUUCCAUUAGCUGAAGUGAAGGACACCAACACGACUAGCAAUGAGCAUGUGUAUACCACUGUUGUUCCAUCAGCUGAAGUGAAGGACACCAACACGACUAGCAAUGAGCAUGUAUAUACCACUGUUGUUCCAUCAGCUGAAGUGAAGGACACCAACAUAGUAACCAUACGGUUAUGAUGCCAUAAGGCAAUCUUCCAAAGUCCAUUACUAACAUGUAUUUCUGUAGGUACACCAGUUUAACAUCACUAUCGUUAAGUGACAAGUUAUGAACGACCUUUAUCUGGACAGACAGAUCAUGUUGACGAUGCUGUGAUGGAGGUCCCCGAUGUUCCCUAUGCUGUACAUACACGGAGUGUAUCUUACUGUAAUGACAAUGUCAUCCAAGUACCAGCGGUACAGGUACUGCCAUCAGUUAUCGUGAUCCACAUUGGUGUUCAGAUUUGCCUCCGGCAGCUGUUAUAGGUUCCACUGGACAUUCGGGUGCCUUCGUACGGAGAUGACAAGGAGAAGUGGUCAUUUGUGCUUUUCACUCCCUGGAUAUCCCUUGAGAACUCCAGUAUGUGAGAGGCUGACCACUUAUAUAUUCGGGGUUGUGUAUCAGGGGUCGGGCAGUGCGUGAGAGGCUGACCACCUAUAUAUUCGAGGUUGUGUAUCAGGGUCAGUGGUUGGGCACUGUGUGAGAGGCUGGCCACUUAUAUAUUCGGGGUUGUUUAUCAGGGGUCAGUGGUUGGGCACUGUGUGAGAGGCUGACCACUUAUAUAAUCGGGGUUGUGUAUCAGGGGUCAGGGGGUUGGGUAGUAUGUGAGUGGCUUACCACUUAUAUAUUCGGGGUUGUGUAUCAGGGGUCGGGGGUUGGGCAGUUCGUGAGAGGCUGACCACUUAUAUAUUCGGGGUUGUGUAUCAGGGGUCGGGGAUGGGCAGUAUGUGAGAGGCUGACCACUUAUAUAUUCCGGCUUGUGUAUCAGGGGUCAGGGGGUUGGGCAGUUCGUGAGAGGCUGACCACUUAUAUAUUCGGGGUUGUGUAUCAGGGGUCGGGGGUUGGACCCUGGAUAUACUUCUGUAAAAUGCCUAAAACUGCUGGAAAAUAAUAGUUUAAAGGAGAUUUAACCACGUCAAAUAGUCGCGGCAGGUUUUAAAAAUAUACUCAUUAAAGGUUUGAAAAGGCA